AUGUGGACGCAGAGGCAGGAUGUGCUACAAAAGAUAGCAACCAGCAUCGACCAGCCAGCAAAAGCUACACAAUCCGUAGAUGCAGCUGAAUGCUUUGGGAAAUGCUGGAGGAGUACGACUAACCGGUCGUGUGACCGCAAAUAUUUUUUAUUCGAUGCAAUAAACCAUGUUCUUCUAAAAAGAAAAAAAAACUCGUGGCUGAGUUUGCCGGCUCAGGUGAAUCGAGUGCAUAGAUUUUGCGCAACAUAUAUUUGGGAGUCGCGGUUUGAGCGCAUGAGGCGCAGUAACUUAUUCUUAAGUAAGGCAAAAGGAGGCCUAGGGCUGGUAAACGUAGAGGUAAAACUCAAUGUUCACAGGUACCUUUUUUUCAAAAACCAAACCCAUCAUAUUAUACGUCAUUCUUUCAAACAAUUAGGAGGGGGGUACUUAAGCGAGUGGAUCGAAGGUGCCCAAGGAGUCCCACGAGCCCGCACCCUAAAAUUCUACAGGGAGGUGGAGCAGGCAGCUCGCUUCUUCGAGCAGCGUUUUUCUCAAGAGUAUCUAAAAAAUGUAAAACGGAAGAGUCUGUACUGGAACACUAUAGAUAUGCUAUUCCGACCACCCCUAUAUCGGUCUCGAGUUGGAAGCCAGCUGGAGUCCGACGUUUUCAAGCGUCUACCAAAAUAUCCUGUAAAAACAGCGAUUAAGGAUUUCUUUGUUAGGUUACAUGUCGAAGUUCUACCUGUAAAAACAUGGCUACGUAACAAGGGUUUCUUCGUGCCGUGGUCAACGGACUGCCCUCUCUGUCCCUAUCCAGAAUCGUUGCAGCACGUAUUUUUGUUUUGUACAAAUGCAGUACUAUUUUGGCACAACAUACGAAUUGUGUUUGACGUGCAGAUACACCCAAAUUGGGAUAACGUAAAAUAUCUGACACUGGAAGAUGACAAAAAUAACAACAGUGCUGAAACCCUGUUAUUGCUAGGUUUGUAUGCAAUUUGGAGAUCCCGAACUGAUUACGUCCUAGCACUAGAAAACGCAAAACCUGCGUGGACGCACUUUUGUGAUGCUCUUGCGUAUCAUCUUUUACACCUAUGGGACGCCCGACGGGGGCUACUAAGACGAUGGAGGCGGCAGAAGCGCAACGGAAAACUCAAAGAUGGUUGA